AUGGAGCUGCGUCAUGUGAAGAGCUACAGCUUCAUGGAGCAGGUGUCGCUCUCAAACCAGAAUCAGGAGACAAUCAACGCAUGGCUUCUCAUUGAUCGCCGGAAUCAUGUCUACCUGGAUGCGGAACGUGGCUGGAUGGAAGUGCAGCCCACGGGCACAGUGCACUUCACUGCACAACGUCCACUCAGUGGCUUGAAGCUGAACAUAGCUGGCACUCACAGCUUCUACAUUGGUGCCCAGGGAUGUCCACCGCUGACAGGGGUGGCCUGGCCAGGGAGCGCUUGUGCUGCGGUGCGACCGAAACGAGCGCGAGCACUCGCAGCAAGCAGGGCCCGGCCCAGCCCAGCCCAGCCCACUCUUUUGCCGAUGCUGGCCUUGAGAACCCGGCUGCAGGGCUUCCGCCUUCGCAGCGGCGUCGAAGGCGACCUAGCAGGCCAGGCCCGCAAGAAGGAAGAGGAUCUCUUGCUGGUUCCCCCUCCUUUUGAUGCUGGCAUGUGCUGGCCUCAUCCUCCUGAGCUGCCUCCUCUUCGGCGGUGGGAAUACUUCUGGGAGUGGGAUCAUCUGGGAUCGGACGGCCAGGCUUGUUUCCUGAAGGCUUUCAGGUAUGGCACGCGUCUCACGACAGUGGGAACGGAUGCCCCAUGCUUCAGGGAAGACAGCUGUCUGUGGCUUCGUGCGUGGUGCAUCUCCAGCGUAGAAAUCUUUGGAAAGGGCCGGAACGGUGCCCCAGUGCCAAUAUGCAAGAAGAAUUGUGCAGGCUGGGAUAUCACCGCGCGAUGGGACACGCCUGGGCGCCGUCCGUCUCAUACGGCGUGGCUUCAUUGGUUUAACUGA